CACAGCAAUUCUAAAGACAUGCAUCGGAGGCACGCCACCCUUCGGGAGAAGGGCCGGCGCCAGGCCAUCCGCGGCCCUGCCUACAUGUUCAACGAGAAGGGCACCAGCCUCACUGCAGAGGAGGAGCACUUCCUCGACUCUGCAGAAUAUGGAAACAUCCCUGUGGUGCGAAAAAUGCUGGAGGAGUCCAAAACCUUGAACUUCAAUUGUGUCGAUUACAUGGGACAAAACGCUCUCCAGCUGGCGGUGGGGAACGAGCACCUGGAAGUGACAGAGCUGCUCCUCAAGAAGGAGAAUCUCGCUCGAGUUGGGGAUGCUCUUUUGUUAGCCAUCAGCAAAGGAUACGUGCGCAUUGUGGAAGCAAUAUUGAACCACCCGGCCUUCGCACAAGGGCAGCGUCUCACACUCAGCCCUCUCGAGCAGGAACUGAGGGAUGAUGAUUUUUAUGCUUAUGACGAAGAUGGAACUCGGUUCUCCCAUGACAUUACCCCCAUCAUACUUGCUGCCCACUGCCAGGAGUAUGAAAUUGUUCACAUCUUACUUCUAAAAGGGGCACGGAUUGAAAGGCCACAUGACUAUUUUUGCAAGUGCAAUGAAUGUAUGGAAAAGCAGAGGAAGGACUCCUUUAGCCACUCUCGCUCAAGAAUGAACGCCUACAAAGGAUUAGCCAGUGCUGCUUAUUUGUCUCUGUCCAGUGAAGACCCUGUCCUUACUGCUCUAGAGCUUAGCAAUGAAUUGGCCAGGCUAGCCAACAUUGAAACUGAAUUUAAGAACGACUAUAGGAAGUUAUCUAUGCAAUGCAAGGACUUUGUGGUGGGGGUGUUGGACCUGUGCAGAGACACUGAGGAGGUGGAAGCUAUUCUGAAUGGAGAUGUGAACAUCCACCUGUGCCCUGAGCACCACCGGCCCAGCCUCAGCAGGAUUAAACUCGCGAUUAAAUACGAGGUCAAGAAGUUUGUUGCUCACCCCAACUGCCAGCAGCAGCUGCUCACCAUGUGGUACGAGAACCUCUCGGGGCUGCGGCAGCAAUCCAUCGCUGUGAAGUUCCUGGCUGUCUUUGGGGUCUCCAUCGGGCUGCCCUUCCUGGCCAUUGCCUACUGGAUUGCUCCCUGCAGCAAGCUGGGACGUACCCUCCGAAGUCCUUUCAUGAAGUUUGUGGCUCAUGCAGUUUCUUUCACAAUCUUCCUUGGACUGUUAGUAGUGAACGCUUCGGAUCGGUUUGAAGGAGUCAAGAAUCUCCCCAACGAGACCAUCACAGAUCAUCCAAAACAAAUAUUCAGAGUCAAAACAACGCAGUUCUCAUGGACAGAACUGCUGAUCAUGAAGUGGGUAUUGGGUAUGAUAUGGUCGGAGUGCAAGGAGAUCUGGGAAGAGGGUCCACGUGAAUAUGUGGUGCAUCUCUGGAACCUGCUGGACUUUGGGAUGUUGUCCAUCUUCGUGGCAUCCUUCACUGCCAGGUUCAUGGCUUUUCUUAAGGCAUCUGAGGCACAACAGUACGUAGACCAGUACGUUCAAGAUGAUGACCUCAAUAAUGUCACCCUUCCCCCUGAAGUUGCUUAUUUUACCUAUGCCAGGAACAAGUGGCUCCCCUCGGAUCCUCAGAUCAUUUCAGAAGGCCUGUAUGCCAUAGCUGUGGUACUCAGCUUCUCCCGCAUUGCUUACAUUCUUCCAGCCAACGAAAGCUUCGGCCCCCUGCAGAUCUCCCUGGGCAGGACUGUGAAGGAUAUCUUCAAGUUCAUGGUCAUCUUCAUCAUGGUGUUCCUAGCCUUCAUGAUUGGGAUGUUCAACCUUUACUCCUACUACCUUGGUGCAAAGUACAACCCCGCGUUUACAACGGUAGAAGAAAGUUUUAAAACCUUAUUCUGGUCAAUAUUUGGCUUAUCUGAAGUGAUAUCUGUGGUGCUGAAGUACGACCAUAAAUUCAUUGAGAAUAUUGGAUAUGUACUCUAUGGAGUAUAUAAUGUGACUAUGGUGGUUGUGCUGCUUAAUAUGCUAAUAGCCAUGAUCAACAACUCCUAUCAGGAAAUUGAGGAGGAUGCGGAUGUGGAGUGGAAGUUUGCACGUGCCAAGCUCUGGCUCUCCUACUUUGAUGAAGGAAGGACUUUACCUGCUCCUUUUAAUCUAGUGCCAAGCCCUAAAUCAUUUUAUUAUCUCAUACUGAGAAUAAAAAUGUGCCUCAUAAAACUCUGCAAAUCUAAGGCCAAAAACUGUGAAAAUGACCUUGAGAUGGGGAUGCUGAAUUCCAAAAAACGGAAAGUUCGUUUUCACUCUAGCAUUCAAAACACAGAGAGUUUUUCUGGGAAGAACGCUUAUAACAAGCCCACAAGAUACCAGGUGACAGCCCUACUUCCCUCUGGAUUCUGCUACCUUGGCCAUCUCCAACACACCAAGAUAAUGAAGCGUCUGAUUAAGCGCUAUGUGCUGAAGGCUCAGGUUGACCGGGAGAAUGACGAGGUCAAUGAAGGAGAACUUAAAGAAAUCAAACAAGAUAUUUCCAGUCUCCGCUAUGAGCUCUUAGAGGAAAAGUCCCAAGCUACUGGUGAGCUGGCAAAACUUAUACAGCAGCUGAGUGACAAGUUUGGGAAGACCUUAAAUAAGGACAUUUGA